UCGCAAAUGCGACCUCCUCGCCUUCAUUCUGCAAGAAAUACGUUUAUCCGUAGGUAUUACGAUUGCAAUAGGGUAUUGCCAACAAUUCCAAUCUAUGUGCAAUUAAGAACUUAUAUUAGUUACAUAUUUAAAAAAUCUCAUGUCUCGAUCACACCCCUGUCAGUGAAAAGACUCAAGUUUAUUCAAGACCACGUUACAGAUUUUGACAUGCAGUAG